UAGAGAUGCUGCAUAUCCUGGUUGAUUCUAUUCCGGUUAGCUUUAUGGUAGUUGAACAUUUUUCUAGGCUUCUGAUUAAUAUUCUUGGAAAUGAUGUAUAUAUUAGUAACCACCAUGGCGUGGUUACUUAUACCAGGGAGAUGAAUUUUUCACAUGAGAUAUGUUGUUUAUGAAUACAAGGUCAAUCAUGUUGUUGUUUUAGUAGAUUGGUAAUGAACAUGGAUCGGACGAUGUUCUAUAGAAAGGUCAAUUGGAGCUUGUUCGAGAUCUCUAUUAGAAGUUACUAUUUUUACAAUCGGGUCAGGCCCACAUGAGCAAUUAAAGUCGCCGGCUAGGAUGAUAUACUUUAAACGAGCAGUUUUUGUCAGUUGACAAAUAGCUUUUUUUCUCAAUUUUAUCGAUAUUUUUGAUAUUGCGGUGUUACAGACAUGUAAAUAUAAGUCCUUAUCAUUUUAGGUCUAGACUUUGGUCCGAACUAUUCUACAGUCAGUGGUGAGAUGUGGUUCAGCUUCCAUCAUGAUGUUGGCUCUCGCAGCAGUGAAUACCCCCUUUCACAUUUGAAAACCUUCCAUUUCAGUGGACCGUCAGGUUCGGCAAGAAAACGUUGCUGGUCAAGAUCGCAUUCUUAUCAGGAUUCAACAUCCGCGCAGAGAUUUGACUUGAACCAGCAUAGCUCAAUAUGUAUAACCUCGGCGCUUCAUUGUACGCUAAUUAUAAAAGAUCGAUAGUUACGGUCACGUGACUCAGUUCCGACAAGAUAUUUGCCGAUACAGACCCGUUUCUUAUCAGUGUCAUAUAGAGUCCGUGGUAAAAAUAAGGAACACACGGCAGAUGAUAACUUUGAAAUAGCUUGGUACUUUAGUUACCAGAUAUUUCUGUUCUUAAUUCAAAUUGUGAAAUAUUGUUCACGCUUUAAGUGUUUUUUAAAUGUCGGAUGUUCACCCUACCGCUAGGGACGGGUUUCAACAUGGUUCCCACUAUGACCUCCAUAGGCCAUCCUACACUGAUGAAAUCGUGAAGUACACAAUCAGCAGGCUACUUCACACCAAUAAUGAUGGUGUCAAGUUUACAGUCCUUGAGCUAGGGGCAGGGACGGGUCACUUUACAAGGAAAAUACUUCAACACCUUCCUCAUGAGGUGACUUAUCUAGCCACAGAUCCGUCGGUAGGGUUUCUGUCUGUGCUGCGAGAACACAGUCCGAAUGUAACCACUGCCGUGUGUCAAGCCACCCAGAUACCACUGCCUGACAGCUCAGUGGAGAACAGCCUGUGUGCCCAGUGCUUCCACUGGUUUGCCACAGAGGCUGCAUUGCAGGAGAUGACCAGAGUCUUAGUACCUGGAGGAAGAAUAAGAGACCAUGGAAUUGUCGCCCUUGUGCGAUUCCUGGAACACAAGUUUAUGGAUGAUUUACCAGAAAUGAAGGGAGACAAGAAUUUCAUCGUGGACCAUUUCACGUCGAUAAGCGUAAUUGCCAAGCUUACAGGAACCGAUUUUGAGGGUGCAGUUAAAAAGUUCCACAGAGUCUUGGAUGAGCACUUCUCUGACGAGGACGAAAUUGUCAUGCCCUAUGACUCAGAAUUUUACUGUGUUGAAAAAUGGUAGUGUCUGUGUAGAGAUGGAAGCUGAGACUCGGUUUUAAAUUUUAAUAGUAGAAAAUGUUUAGUUGCUCCAGGGAGAAAAUCAUGACUCUGUCACACAUUUAUAGGCCCCACGCAGUGGUAGGCAUUUAGAAUUCCAGUUGUCUGUCUGUCUGUCUGUCUGUCUGUCUGUCUGUCUGUCUGUCUGUCUGUCUGUCUGUCUGUCUGUUUGUCUGUCUGUCUGUCUGUCUGUCUGUCUGUCUGUCUGUCUGUCUGUCUGUCUGUCUGUCUGUCUAUAUGUAGGUCCCUACAUACGUUCAGCUGUCGCUUGUGUAUUCAAGUCCUUUUUAACUUUUUGGUGGAUCUCGCUCAAAUGUGCAUGGUUGGAUGACCUUAAUGUGCAGAUGAUCGUUAAACAAGUUUUGGCAGAAUUAUGGCACUUAGUUUGUUUUUCUCUUCCUGAAGUGUGUGUUUUGAACUCGUCUACAACUGGGUGAAUCUUGCUCAAACUUUCACAAUUGAAUGCCUUUAAUGUGUAGAUGAUCAUAGGAAAAAAAUGUAUGCCUCUAGUUUUGGCAGAUUUAUGGCCAUUUGUCUACUUUUACAUUGUAGAAUAUAGAAUCCCAAAAUGUUGUGUUUUCAACUUCCCUCUAACUUCUGGGUGGAUUUUGCGCACACUUUCACAUUUAAAUGACCUCAAUAUGUAGAUGAUGGUUAAGAGAGGAUUUUUGGCUGCGAUGAAAUUAUGCAGAAUAAUGGCCCUUUGUCUGUUUUUCCACUUUGGAAUAAAUAGUUUUUUGCUUAAUUUUUCAUAGCUGAAUGACCAUCAUGUGUUGAUGAUAAAUAAGGAAGAAAUGUUGACUGCAACAAUUUUUUGCUGAAUUAUAGGCCUUUGUCUUUUUAUCCACUGUAUAUAUGAAAUAAUAUUUUUAUCUGUGUCCAAACAUGUUUUGUUGUGACAUCAGUGUCUGUGACACAUUUCUAGUUUAAUUGUAAAAUGGGGUUAUUGUUAUGCACUGUCCGUCUGUCUGUCUGUCCGUCCGUCUGUCCGUCACACUUUUGCGUUUAGGUUUCGAAAAAUGCUCAUAACUUUUAUGUCGCUUCAGAUGUAACCUUCAUAUUUGGUAUGCAUGUGUUUAUUGACAAGGCCUUUCCAUACAAACACAAUUUUUUACCACUUUGACCUUGAACUAAGGGUCCGCGUUUAGGUUUCGAAACCUGCGUUUAGGUUUCGAAAAAAGCGUUUUUCGGGGGCAUAUGUCUUCCGAUGGAGACAGCUCUUGUUGUUACAUUUUGUAGACUAUAAUAAUCAUGAAGUAUACUUUUAAGUAUUGAUAUAUUUAAAAAAAAAUCUAUUGGCUGAAAAGAAUGCUUAGACUACAGUUGUAAAAGUACUUAAAUAUAUGUAAACACUUUUAAUAAUGUGUUUAUAGAUUUUAUUGAAAUCUUGGUCAUUUCAUAAAAAAAUCACAAAUUUAGGUCUAUGCAAAGUAAGUAGCAUUUGUGAUAAAUUGUCCCGGUGAUAUAUCCAAAAUAUUGUUAAUUUUCAUUUCAUUGUUAAUUGAAUGUUAUGAUUUUGCAAAAUUAUUGUUAUGUCUUCUAUAUAAGAAACUUUAUUUGUAGUGUUGGUUAUUAUCACUAUUCUUCUUUACGUGUAAGUCUAGGUAAUUGAGUGUUACAAUAUUUUGCCUGAAAGUUGAAAAACCAAAUUGUUUGUUACAUGUUUCUACAAAUAAAAUGAAAAAACAGCACAGACACAUGACUAAGUAUGUAACUGUUGUUUAUUAAUUUAGGAGCAAAUGACUGUUUGAUAUCCUCUGUGAACUGAUUUUUAGUUGUGAGCGUCAACCUAUGUAGAGAGGCAGAUUUGCAAGUCAGUCUGCUGUAAGCUACGCUAGGAACGAUAACUGAAAGUCAGUCUGCUGUUAGCUACGCUAGGAACGAUAACCACUGCCUGUCUGCACUACCUGCAGUAAAAUUAUGCAGACGACGAAUGCUAGUAGCGUCUGCUCUAACCACCGCAUCUGCUUGUUUAUAGUUCACCACUGGUACACUGCAUUGUGUCUAUGUGAUCAAUAGUGUUUAUCAGCUUGUAAGACGACAUUUGCCAGUCUAGUGUUUAUCAUCGAAAUCUGUACAUAUUGCCUUCUUUCAGGGAAAACGGGGCUUAAUGCAAGUCAAAUAAGAUUAGCCUGUGCACACUGAUUAGCCUGUGCAAUGCGCACAAGCUAAUCAAUGACGACACUUUCUGAUUUUAUGGUGUUUUCCUUUAAAGAGAGUCUCUGGCACUGGGAUGAUAAUUAAUGCAUAUGCGUUAAGCCCUGUUUUCCCAAAAUAAAGCUUAAAUUAUCUUUUUUAUUAAUGAUUUGAAAAAA